GCGGAGCGAGGGCGGCGGGCUCGCAGUCGGAGGUAGGCGGGAGCCGCGGCGGAGACUGUGCUGGCCCGUCGGGCUGCUGGAGGCGCGUGAGGGAACCGCGCGAGGGAACCGCGCGAGGGAACCGCGAGCGGUGACUCCCGGCGCUCCCGGCAGGACGGAGAUGCCUACAUAGAAGAGUGACAGCAACUGGCUGUGUCUCAGUGCUGAACUAGUUCCUCAGGUACCCUGGCUCUGGAAAUUGCUAUGGGAGAUUGGAUGACUGUUACAGAACCAGGUCUGUGUGCAGGUAACUGAGUCCAAAAUAACUGGAAACCACAGGAGUAAUUGUAAAGAAAGCAACAAUAUCUCUCAAUAUACCUCAGAAACAAAGAUGUCUCCAUCAAGUUUAUACUUACAGCAAGUGCUAUGUUCUUCAAUACCUUUAUCAAAAAAUGUACACAGUUUUUUCAGUGCCUUCUGCACAGAAGAGAAUAUUGAACAAAGUAUUUCAUAUCUUGAUCAGGAAUUGACUACUUUUGGGUUUCCUUCAUUGUAUGAAGAACCCAAAAGUAAAGAAGCAAAGAGAGAAUUGAAUAUAGUUGCUGUUUUAAAUUGUAUGAAUGAGCUACUUGUACUUCAGCGGAAGAACCUUCUAGCUCAGGAAAAUGUGGAAACACAGAAUCUGAAACUGGGAAGUGAUAUGGACCAUCUUCAGAGCUGCUAUGCAAAACUUAAGGAACAACUGGAAACUUCCAGGAGGGAAAUUAUUGGGCUUCAGGAGAGAGACAGACAGUUACAGUGCAAGAACAGGAAUUUGCAUCAGCUACUGAAAAAUGAGAAGGAUGAGGUACAAAAAUUACAAAAUAUCAUUGCAAGUCGAGCUACUCAGUAUAAUCAUGAUAUGAAAAGAAAAGAGCGUGAAUAUAAUAAAUUAAAAGAACGUCUACAUCAACUUGUUAUGAACAAAAAGGAUAAAAAAAUAGCCAUGGAUGUUUUAAACUACGUGGGCAGAGCAGAUGGAAAACGGGGCUCCUGGAGGACUGGUAAAACAGAAGCCAGUUUCUUUCUCAGGAACGAGGAUGAAAUGUAUAAAAUUCUCUUAAAUGAUUAUGAAUACCGUCAGAAACAAAUCCUAAUGGAAAAUGCUGAACUUAAGAAGGUUCUUCAGCAAAUGAAAAAGGAAAUGAUUUCUCUUCUUUCUCCCCAAAAGAAGAAACCUAGAGAAAGAGAAGAUGAAAGUACAGGAACUGUUAUCUCUGAUGUUGAAGAAGAUGCCGGGGAACUGAGUAGAGAGAGCAUGUGGGACCUCUCCUGUGAAACUGUGAGAGAGCAACUUACAAACAGCAUCAGAAAACAGUGGAGAAUUUUGAAAAGUCAUGUAGAAAAACUUGACAACCAAGUUUCAAAGGUACACUUGGAAGGUUUUAACGAUGAAGAUGUAAUAUCACGACAAGAUCAUGAACAAGAAACUGAGAAACUGGAGUUAGAAAUUCAACAAUGUAAAGAAAUGAUUAAAACGCAGCAGCAACUUUUACAGCAGCAGUUCGCUACUGCAUGUGAUGAUGAUACCACUUCACUAUUACGAGACUGCUAUUUGUUGGAAGAAAAGGAACGCCUUAAAGAAGAAUGGUCCCUUUUUAAAGAGCAAAAAAAGAAUUUUGAGAGAGAAAGACGAAGCUUUACAGAAGCGGCUAUUCGCCUAGGAUUGGAGAGAAAGGCAUUUGAAGAAGAACGAGCCAGUUGGUUAAAGCAACAGUUUUUAAAUAUGACUACCUUUGACCACCAGAACUCAGAAAAUGUGAAACUUUUCAGUGCCUUCCCAGGAAGUUCUGAUCAGGACAAUCUUACAGUGCACUCAAGGCCACGGCAAAAGAAGCUUCACAGUGUGUCUCAUGGGUCUGCAAUUUGCACAUCUAAAAUGACUAAGUCUCUGCCUGCUUCUCCUACUUCAGACUUUUGCCAGACACGUUCCUAUGUAUCUGAACAUAGUUCAGUCAAUGUGCUGAAUAUAACUCCUGAAGAGAUGAAACCAAAUCAGGUCGGAAGAGAAUGUAGCAAUCAGACGUGGAGCGUGGCAUCCAGGCCUAGAUCACAGGAAGGUUGCUACAGCGGAUGCUCUUUGACCUACACAAAUUCUCAUGUAGAAAAAGAUGACUUACCUUAGAUGUGUGGAUGGGAACUUUGUUUCACUAACAUAUUCAUCGAAUUUGUCUCAUCGAAGUUGAAACAGGGUGUGUCAUAAAGUGAGUCAUCUCUGAUAAUUAAGAAUGGUCCGAGUUGUUUGUUUGGACUUCCCUGUCUUCCCCCAAACAGUUGAAUUGCUAAAUCUGUGUAAGAGGAUAGAAAAGCUUUGGAUAUGUAUUUUUAGUAACAGAAGCAUCUGGCUCUGUGAAAAAAGGAAUGUAUAGAGGUUUGGAUGGAAACAAAGGCACUAGAAUGAGUUUCCUCUUUAUAGGCAUUAAAAAUAGCACUUUUAGGAAACUGAUUAUUGUAAAUGUUUAAUUUUUGUCCCAAAUAUAGUUGGCAUUGGAAGUUUAGCCUUUACUUGAAUGUAUACUGUAGAUUUUUAACAAAGCAAGUUCUAUAUUUAUUAUGUUUAGUGUGAUUUUGGAAUUACCUCUUUCAUAUGUUUUAAAUAAAGUAAAAUUUAUGUGUUUUGUACAUAAAUAUACAUGAUUAUGUUAAGAGGCUUUAAGACUUAAAAAUUUUGCACAACCAUAAAUACAGCAUUUAAUGCCAAUAAAAAGUUUUUAGUGCUAUUCUGUUUAUACAUAUAUUAGGUAGUACCACAUUACAUUUAAAUUUUUUUAAAUUCAUCUGGGCAAUAAAUAUUCAAAGUUAUUCCAUGAAGCCAAGUUAUUUAGAAAAUCAGCAUACUAACAUUACAUUUUUGAGACUUUCUACAGCAUUAGAUUUUAAUUUUAUAUAUGUAGGAUAUUAUAAUUUGUAAAAGGACUGUUGAUAUAGAGUAAUAGGGACAAGACAACUAAAGUACCUUUGAAUAGCAAUGUAAGAAUAUUGAUUUAAGAUAUUUGGAAAUAAAAAAUAUAGAAGAUGUCUGGAUGAUGAUAUUUUCCUUAUCAGAUGGGUACCAGUACAGUAAUGUCUGUACCAGCUAGGGCUUUAUAUCAUUGCCAAUAAUUUUUAAAUAUUUUUUCAAUGAAAUACCAUUAAUGUUAAAGAAGUAUGACAAUGUAAAAACAUCAGAUUUUAUAAUCCAGAUAUACUCUGGACAAUCUUGUAUCAUUUCACUUUCAGAACAGUCUUAGGCUCUUUGCCUCUGUAAUGUUUCUGACUGCAUGUUUCCUCAUGAAAAGUAUGUUAUUAUUGAUAGUAGUAAUGCUAAAAAAUAUAGGUCAGGCUCUUCCCCUAGAUUUUCAUCAAAAAGCUUUUUAAGUGCCUCAUCCUGCUUGUCUCUGUAUAUAGAAACCCACACAGGUCCAAUCCUUGUUAGAUGGAAUAGUUUGGUUCCAUCUGUCUUUUCCUUUUCCAUUAGUUCAGCCACUUAUAAGCACUCACCCUGAUGGUGGCUGGUCCAUUUAAAUCCCCCCACCCCCCCAAGCCUCUUUGUGUUAUCUACUCAGUGUAUAUGAUCCUUGGGAGUUGUGUAGCAGCAGCCAUUUUCCCAAGGCUGAUAGGUUGUCACUAGAGUAUUGUAGGAGACAUGAGUAUGUGCCUAACAUAACCAUAUUUGUAGUCUCAAAGAGCUGGCUCUGGAAUGUUAGUCACUCUCUACCUUCAGCUUAAUGCAUGGUCACGUGUUUAAAAUAUUAAAAAUGUUAACUUUCAGAGUACCAUAUUCCAGAGGAAGAAACCCAGCUGGGACGUAAUUAUUCUUUUGUUAUUUAGCAAUAAUGUGGUUGAAGAAAGGCAAUCAGAAAUUUUAAAGAGAGUUACUGAUAGAUUUGUCAAGACUUUCUCCUAGGAGUUUACUUUAUCAGAAGCAAACAUGCUGAUUUUUAAUACACAUCUUUUACUUUAAAAUACUGUAUUCCAUGAGGAUAGAUUUCUAGAAAACAGUAUGUUUUUCAUUGUUUCCAUUAUAAAGUGGGUUAAUUUCUCAUAUUAAAAACACCCCUUGAGCCUUUAAAAUCUCAGAUGUGAAAGAAACAGUAAAAUGAAAACCCUAGAUUAAUUGUGCCUUUGAUAUUUGCAUAGAUCUGCUAGAAGUUCCAAUUUUACAGUGAUCCCUAAUCACCAAAACUUAACCAGAAUGUUGGAAUUUCCUUCUUGCAUAAUCCCUGAAUCUACACACUAAACUCCCAAGAUUAUCUCUUCUUUUUCCGAGGAUUUACUGUGUACUAAUAAUACAGCUGUGCUCCGGUCUUAAUAUUUAGCCAUGAUUAAAUGAUGUUACUAUCAGUUUGAAAGCCCUUCUGAUAAUCGUCAGUAUUUUCUUAUCAGUACGUAAAUCUGAAAUAUUUUGUCUUGUUUUACAUGACUAUUCAUUUUGAAUUUUCAAAGCAAAAGUCAAAAUUUUCGAUAAAAUUUUCCUAUUUUUAAAUGUUUGCAUCUGCAAUUUACAAUGAUGGGAACUUAAUAGAAGAAUCAGUGAUACCAGAAAAUUGUGACUAAAAUUCAAUAAGUAUUUUCUCCUAGAAGCAAUAUACUAAGUGAUUACAGUCGCAAGACUGUCCACAGCAAAUUGUUUGCUUCAUUAUAAUUGAAAUGUUGUUCGGAAAGUGUUGUCAGUACGCUUGUGAUAACAUGGUUUUUUAUGGGAAAACAUUCUGUGGUGCAUGAUGAGGAGGAAGAAGCCUGAAGUCCUGUGUUGACCUCCUCUGGCUGGGGGAGCAUUUGAAGGCCCUGGACCUCUGGAAAGGCUUAGUUUGUGCAGUGUGUAUGCCAGGAGUGCUGCGAGUUAACAAGACUCUGUGAUUGCCCUGUUGUAAAGAUCUUCAAAGUGUACUUCCUCAUGUAAACCAUGUUCUUAUUUCUAAAGUGGAUUUUAAAUAAGUUUGGAUCAUGGAAUUCUAGUAAAUGUGCUUUUCACUAUG